AUGUGUCCUAAAAUACAAGAGGAGAGAGAUAAGAUUGGAGGUAUUCCUUAUGCUUUGGCAGUAGCAUCCAUUAUGUACGCCAUGUUAUGUAUUAGGAUUGAUGUUUCAUAUGCCUUGAGAAUUUAUAGUAGAUAUCAAUCAAAUCUAGGUGAAACACACUGGACAACAGUCAAGAACAUACUUAAGUACCUUAAGAGGACUAAGGGUAUGUUCUUGGUCUAUGGAGGAGAAGAUGAUCUCACUGUAAGAAGAUAUAGUGAUGCUAGUAUUCAAACUGACAAGGAUGACUAUCAAUCGCAGUCAGGUUAUGUGUUCUAUCUUAAUGAGGCUAUAGUGAGCUGGAAAAGUUCAAAACAAAGCAUUGUAGUGGAUUGUAAAAUGGAAGCUGAGUGCAUCGCAUUGGGUGAUGCGGCCAAAGAAGCUAUUUGGAUAAAAAAAUUUGUGACUAAAUUAGAGGUUGUUCCGAGCAUUGUUGAUCCAGUUGUGCUUUAUUGUGACAACAAUGGUACCAUAGCUUAG